AUGAUUUCAAAAUUAACUAAUCAACCAUCUGUUUUAUCCUCUUCACAAAUGAUAUUGCGUUUUGCAACCACUCAAGUAAAAUCGAACCUUGGUAGACAAGGAUUACCAAGAAUCGGUGCCACAAGAAAUUAUGCCACUUUAAAAGAAGUAGAGACCAGAUUGAAAUCUAUUAAAAACAUCGAAAAGAUUACUAAGACUAUGAAAAUUGUUGCAUCAACAAGAUUAUCCAAGGCAGAAAAGGCCAAUGUCACUGCUUCCUUACUUAGUGAGGCUGAUAAACAGUUCUUCCAAAACGCUGAAACCACCAAUCAUGCAAAAUCAAAUGAAGAAACUGCUGCUUCUGAUAAAGUCAAUAAAGAAUUAAUUAUUGCUAUUACGUCUGAUAAGGGGCUAUGUGGUGCCAUCCAUUCCUCAUUGGCUCGUAGUGUAAGGUCUUAUUUAAAUAGCAUAAACCACCAAUGUGAUGUUGUUGCCAUUGGUGAUAAAAUUAAAAUGCAACUGUUAAGAUCUCAUCCAGAGAACGUUAAGUUAGCCUUCAGUGGUAUUGGUAAAGAUGCUCCAACUUUCCAAGAAUCUGCCUUGAUCUCUGAAAAGAUCAUAAAUACUUUGGAUGUUGAUACUCAAUAUGACAAAAUCUCCAUCUUCUUCAAUGAUCCAGUCAGUUCUUUAGCCUUUGAAUCCACUUCUAAACCAAUAUUUAACUCCUCUAUGAUUGCACAAUCUCCAGGUUUAGGUAAGUUUGACAUUCCCCAAGAUGAAGAUGUUGCUAACGAUCUAUUCCAAUACAGUUUCACAAACCAAAUCUUAACUGCUAUGGCUAAAGGUUAUGCUGCUGAAAUCUCUGCUAGAAGAAAUGCAAUGGAUAACGCCUCCAAGAAUGCUGGUGAUAUGAUCAGUAAAUACUCUAUUCUUUACAACAGAACUAGACAAGCCGUCAUCACUAACGAAUUGGUCGAUAUUAUUACUGGUGCCUCAAGUUUAGAUUAG